CAUCAACGACAGUUUUUGACGGCUACGUCCUUGAAGUGAUGAAACUCUCGGGUUUUCUUGGUAAAAUCGCGAGUAUUAUUGAUGUGAGUAAUUCAUUUGCACUUCAGUAUGUUGUGUGCUGCCGCCUCUUUAUUUUGAAUUGCUAGUAUUUGUAGUAUUUAUACAAUUAAUACGCGAAGCCUCUGUAUUGAUAGAUUAUAAGCUCAUAAUUGGUGGCAGGAUCCUGGAAAUGUUGACGAUUUGAUUGCAAUAUUGUGUUGUGUAACUAGAUACCAUACAGCCAAAUACGAAUUAACGUAUUUGCAUUUUGAUAUAGCAUUAAUGCAGGGCAAUAGUAUGAUCAACGACUCAACUAUCAUCAGCUGCGAUCGUUGCCCCAGGCUGGUGGCCUUCGGAAACGUGCUUCUGGACAUUAGCGUCGAUCUUCGCGAAGGGAAAAUUCUCCAUGACUUUGACCUGAAGGAGGAUGACCAGCGGGAAAUUCCAGCAGACAAACUGGCCCGUUUGGUGAAUGUCGCCGUGGAAACGUGCGGAACUCCCAAAUAUAACCCUGGAGGGUCGGCGUUGAACACGUGCCGAAUACUGCGCGCCCUAGGCGAGAAGAAUGUAAUGUUCUGUGGAGCUGUUGGAGCAGAUGAGAAUGGCGAGAUAUUGAUGCAAAUUUUGAAGGACAGUUCACUCAACACAUGCAUACAAACACUUCCGGAGCAUUCAACUGGUACCUGUAUAUGUCUGAUAAGCGGUGACAAGCGCAGCCUCAAUGCAAACAUUGGCGCUUCACUGCACUUCAAAAAAGAAUUUGUUACGUCCCGUUGGUGUCAGAGCAAGAUUGGCAGCUGCAAUUCAGCAGUUCACGACGAUAUAGAUGAAGACGUUCGAGUGUUCUACGUUGAGGGAUAUUUCAUUCCGGAGAAGUUUAACAUUUGCAAAUACAUCUACGAGAAAUAUUGCAAGGGAACGGCAAACCUGUUCGUUACAAACCUGAAUGCCACCUACAUUUUGCAGAACUUUACCAAAGAGAUGAAGUAUUUGGUGGAACAAUCGGAUUUGGUAUUUGGAAAUUUAACAGAGUUUGUUGCUCUUGCGGAAAUUUAUCAGUGCGAUAGCGUUGAUGAACUAACCAAAUAUUUGAUACGAAAAUAUCUUAAACUCAAUCGGGAGAAGAUAAUCGUAUCGACAGAUGCCAGCCGUUGUGUACGUUUCUAUCAUGGUAAUGGUAGUACAUUCUACGCAGAAACACAUCAGGUCCCGGUCAUUCCGCAAAAAGCGGUCAUUGAUACGACUGGUGCCGGAGAUUCGUUUGUUGCUGGAUUCCUGUACAAAUACAUGAAUGGCGAUUCUCCUACGCUCUUGGACUGUAUUAGAUACGGCAGUAAAAUAGCCGGCAAAGUGAUCCGCCAGGUUGGAUGUAAUCUACCAUCAUCACUUCCACCCUCGCCAAUGUCGGUUUUACCCCCAACUGAGAGUCUCGUCUAGAUGUAAAGUUAUUUAAUGCAUGUGUAUAUAACUGUCCACGAAUGCACAAGAGUUUUAUCUUACAUUGUUGCCCUGUACGGAGAUGUAGUUUAUUUGCUUUUACAAGCUGAUUAUGCUCAUUAUUUAUUUGUUUGGCUAGAAAAGUACUUAAUAUUAUUGUGAAGGUAGGCUGAUCUCAUAAUUUAUUAGUUUGGCGUGUAAAUGGGAAAUUGUUUUUGCAUAAUACUGCUCAUUUAUUAUUAGGGAAUUCGAUACAUGCUAAACAUGCCAUGCUUAAAAAGUUGAAUAAAACUGUGUGCGGAGAUUGUGUAUUUUAAA